CUAGCUGAGGAUGAUAAGGAGCUGAGUACGGGCAAUGUAGGGCAGAGCUCCAGAGAGUUCACAAAGGACGGGUAGCCUGAGUGAAAAGUAAUCCUUCGGAUUUAAGCCGCUGGGAUUUGGGGGUUGUUAGUGUGAAAUGACCCAACCUAGCCCUACCAGGUAGGACUGAGCAAUGUCAUCAUUCCCAUGAUGCAUCUCUGUGCAGGAAGAUGUAAGAGGGUCUAGAAUGCAGAAAAUCAGAAUGCAACUCCACCAAACAUUCCAAACACCACGCAUCACAACCAUUCUUUCUUCUUGGCUUAUAUUAGGGAUGGGGGAUGUAGCUUAUCACAAAGAAUGAGUAUUUGGUGGCUUCUCAUUCUUGGAACCAUUCUGCAGGUUUAUAACAAAGCUCACAAAAAUGCUAAAGCUUAAAGGAGAAUUGCGAUCAGCCAAGGGACUGAAAGAUGAGGCCGGGGAGAGAGACAGAGAGGUGAACAACCUGAACAGCAAGCUCUUGAGCCUGCAGCUCGACAUCAAGAAUCUCCAUGACGUCUGCAAGAGGCAGGGGAAGACCUUGCAAGAGAACCAGCUGUGUGUGGAGGAAGCCAUGAUGAAUAACAGUCACAACAAGAAGCAAGGCCAGGCGUUAGCCUACAAGGAGACCCAGAUAGAGUUCAAGUCCAACAAGCAGUGUCAUCUGAGGCAACUCCAGCAGCUGAAGAAGAAGCUCCUGGCGCUGCAGCAGGAGCUGGAGUACCGCACCCAGGAGCUGCAGAACUCCUACUGCUCUCUCCUGCAGUACCAGUCGAUCCUGGAGAAGCAGACUUCCGACCUGGUUCUUCUUCACCAUCACUGCAAACUCAAGGAAGACGAGGUCAUUCUCUACGAGGAGGAAAUAGGGAAUCAUAAUAAGAACACUGGGGAGAAGCUUCAUCUGGCGCAAGAGCAGCUUGCCUUGGCGGGGGACAAGAUCGUCUCCCUAGAAAGGAGCCUAAACCUCUACAGGGAUAAGUACCAGACCUCCCUGAGCAACAUCGAGUUGCUGGAGUGCCAAGUGAAGAUGCUGGAGGGGGAGCUCAGCGGCAUCAUCAGCCAGGAGCCUGAGAACAAGGGAGACCACUCAAAGGUGCGUAUCUACACUUCUCCGUGCAUGAUUCAAGAGCAUCAGGAGACCCGAAAGCGACUGUCUGAAGUUUGGCAAAAGGUUUCUGAGCAGGAUGACCUAAUCCAGGAGCUUCGGAAUAAACUGGCCUGCAGCAACGCUUUGGUUCUGGAGCGUGAGGAGGCUUUGAUAAAAAUACAAGCUGACUUCGCUUCCUACACAGCCACCCACAGGCAUCCCCCUACCUCCUCAGAAGACUGUGAGGACAUCAAAAAGAUCCUGAAGCACCUGCAGGAGCAGAGAGACAGCCAGUGUCUGCACAUAGAGGAGUACCAGAACCUUGUGAAGGACCUGCGCAUGGAGCUGGAAGCCGUGUCCGAGCAGAAGAAAAACAUCAUGAAGGACAUGAUGAAGCUGGAGCUGGACCUGCACGGGCUGCGGGAGGAGGCGUCGGCCCACAUCGAGAAGAAGGACAAGGAGGCAGCCACCCUGCAGCACCGGCUCUUCGACCUGCAGCAGCAGUUCGCAGAGACGCAGAAGCUGGCCCUGAAGAAGGACAAGUUGCUCCAAGACAAGGACGAGAGGCUACAUGAGCUGGAGAAGAAACUGGCGCAGGUGCAGAACACUUUCAUGGAGAAAGAGAUGGAGCUGGAGAAGUUACAGCGAACGACAAAAGACCUCGAUACGAGUCUCCAGGAGGCAAAGCAGGACACAUCCAAAAUGGAUUGUGAGGCCCUGCGGGCCGAGGUCCAGAAGCUGAAGGAAAGUCUUGAUGAAGCCAAAGAGCAGCUGAAGCUGUCAGAUCAGAAUCUAACCCGGUGUAAGGAGGAAGCACACCAGGCUGGAAGCAACCUGGAGGAUGCUCACCGGAAAAUCGAGAGCUGCCUUCUGCAGGACAAGCAGAAGACAGACGUCAUCAAGGAUCUGCAGGGUCAGUUGCAGAAGCUGCAGAUGGAGUCCUCGGCAGCUGAGGAGGAGAGAAAGAGCAGCAGGAAACAGAUAGAGGAGCUGACCUCAGAGCUCAAGGAGGACCAGAGGAGGAUUACAAAUUCAGACAAAGAGAAGUCGAUGCUUCAGAAGACACUAAUUGAAAAUGAAAGAAAAAUAAAUGAUUUGCUUGAUUCUGUCAAAACUUCUGAGCAAAAGCAAAGGGAGCUAACAAAUACCAAAAACAAGCUGCAAGAGGAGCUCCAGGAGAUGAAAGGGCUCCUGGAGGAGAAGCGGGAACAGCUGAAGAGGAGCAAGGAACAGGAAAAGUCCCUGGAGGGAGAAACCGAGGCUCUGAGACAGGAAGCCAAAAAGAAAGAAAAGAUGGCAAAAGAGCAUUUGAGGAAGCUGGAGGAAGAGAAGGAGAACCUCCAGACGGAGCUGAACGCCUGCUCUUCACACCUGGAGUCCUCCAUCAACAAAUACAACAACGCCCAGAAAACGAUCCAAGAGCUCAACAUAGAGAUAGGCCGCCAGAAAGAGGCCAUCAUGAUUCUGCAGGCACAGCUGGACGCAGCUAUACAGAAAGAGAAGAACUGCCUCCAGAACAUGGUCAGCAAAGAAGCCUACGAAGAAGUUCUGCGGAAGUCAGGCAUCUGCCAAGACGACCUGACACAAGCCCUGGAGAAGCUCACGCAUACGACCUCCGAGACAAAGAGCCUGCAGCGCAGCUUGCAACAGGCCCAGGAGAGGAAAGCUCAGCUGGAAGAUGAAAUCAUAGCUUACGAGGAAAGGAUGAAAAAGCUCAACAUGGAGUUAAAAAAACUGCAGGGCUUCCACCAGCAGAGUGAGCUAGAGGUGCACAACUUUGACAAGAAACUGGAGGAGAUGAGCAACCAGGUGCUGCAGUGGCAGAAGCAGCACCAGAGUGACCUCAAGAUGCUGGCGGCUAAGGAGUCGCAGCUCCGGGAGUUCCAGGAGGAGAUGGCGACCCUGAAAGAGAGCCUCCUUGCAGAUGAGAAGGAGCCGCCCCAGAGGGUAACAACAACCAAAGAGAACUGUAGGCUCCACCGGGACAACGAUCAGAUCAUGUGCAACAUGGAACAGUGGGCAAAGGAGCAGAAGAUUGCCAAUGAGAAACUGGGGAACAAGCUGCGAGAACAGGUCAAGUACAUCGCCAAGCUUACCGGAGAAAAGGACCACCUCCACAAUGUCAUGGUCCAUCUGCAGCAGGAAAACAAAAAGCUGAAGAAUGAGAUAGAAGAGAAGAAAAAGGCGGGACACACGAGGAUCUGCGGCAGGGCCCUAGGCCCAAGCAAACUGGAAUCCUCCCAAAAGGGGAAACUGUGCAGCUCACUAGGCUGGAGAGGAAUACCCCAGGACACGACAACCAAAGUGGACAUCAACAAGUACAUCGGGGUGCCCCACUUCACGGGCUCCUCAUAUUGCUAGAAUCGGCUCCUUGCUCUAAGCACCAUUCCUACACAUUUUCAGAGGACAGCGAGCUCCGACCCCUCUCUCUCGACCGGAUCGGCUCCUACAGUCAUCUCUCAAGGCCCUGCCUGGUUUAUCAGAUGUUAUUGCCUUACUGAGUUUGUCUACUCCCUGAAAUGGAGUGAGCUGUGGUACCCACUCCCACCUCCAGGCCCAGACUCCGUAAUAAAGACACAAACACACAGCUUCUA